AAGAGGUUGCGUGUCCGUACAUGAUCGGAAACUUAUCCUCGUUCCUGAGAUCUGGCCUCGUUGCGAACGUCGCCGCUUUCAUUUCUGAGAAAGCGUCUAUCUUUUCUCAAAUCUUUGUGUCCUAGUGAAUUUCGAUGUGUGCAUGAACGAAGACACCAUUAAUGAAGGAUGUUACCCAGGCCGUGGGGCGCGCAAGGGCUCUCGGUGCACGACAAAGGCCCAUUCCAUCCGCUGAUUGAUGAGGUCGAAAUGCAGUCCCAUAUGCGCGACAAUGGACAUGAGAACCAUGAGCCUCCUGCUUCAAUGUUGCCAUCAGAGCCACUGCAAGGCGGAGACACGAUCACGUGCUUGAAUGGCCUGAGAGGGAUCGCUUGCCUCCUAGUCUUCAAUUACCACUUUCUUUGGCCAUGGACGGCGCACAUUGCACUUGGGCAUGGAGCACUACCGCCACGAAGUCCAGAGCCCUACAAUGGCUGGCCUUUUUUACCCAUCGUGUGCCUCCUGCACCGUGGGAGACCCAUGGUCGCCAUCUUCUUCGCCAUAUCCGGAUACGUUCUUUGCCGUCACCCUCUGAAGGCCAUUCACGCGCGCCGGCUAGAUGUUGCGUACAAGAGUCUGGCAUCCGCUGCUUUCAGACGUGCAUUCCGUUUAUUUCUACCCCCCCUUUUGAGCAUGUUCCUUGUGGCGAUGAUGGCUCAGAUUGGCAUAUUUCGCUCGGAACGCGACAUCUACACAGGCCCCGACUCAAAGUACAUCAACGGUUCAGUCACAGUUGGUUACGUAGGGCGCCCGUGCACGAAUAUCACCUCGAAUUCCUCAACGCCAAUGGAGAUGGCACAGUACCUUAGGAUAUCAAAUGCGCAAUAUCUAGUUAAUGUUACAGGCAACACUACUGCUGAUUGGAGCGGGAAUAGCUUUUGUCUGAACACGACGUCGCGCUUGGUUGGACCAGCGACUCUCUACAACAGCAUGAACGCGACCGAGCAAGUAUGGUGGAAAUUGGCGAUGGGCAUGUGGAUCUCGGGCUACGAAAGCCGUUUGAUACGUGAGCAUGAAGCGUUAAUGCAAAUAAUGGCGGAAAAAGAGCACAACCGAACACUGGCCGAUCAUGCAGUCAAGGAUAAAAUCAACAAAGGUCUGCCGCCAGGCCCAGAACUCCCUGCCGCAUUUCCGAAGUACAACGAUUGGUCUUGGGUCCAGCUCGGAGGUUCGUGGGAAGAGCAUCCUAUCAUUCACGAAAAGAUGACUUACGCUAUCGGCAAUCUGACAACAACAUACAUGGAAUGGGCAAACCCUUUCAAUUUUGGGCUUUACUUUCCCAGAUACGAUCCACACACAUUUACGAUUCCCCUCGAGUUUCAUGGCUCAGUAUUUAUAUAUUUUUUUCUUCUGGCCACAGCUGCGCUGAAGUUCAAGUGGAGAAUGAGCAUCGGGGGGUUGCUUACUCUCUACAGUCUCCGGAUGGGCCGUUGGGAUAUGGCUUUGUUUAUGGGUGCCUUGCUACAAUCCGAACUGGACAUUCAAAAACCCUCUUGGGGUUGGCACGCUGAGUCAUGGACUGUCAACCUUCGCUCCAAUCUAUGGUAUCUACCUCAGGGGAGACAAAUCUUACGUUGGUGUUGUGCUAUCAUAGCCCUCCAUCUUCUUUCGUAUCCUGAUGCAGGUGCCGAAUUUACUCCUGGUUUCAUGCAGCUCUCAGAAUGGGUGCCCCGAUACUACGGGCCCUUGUCAGGUUGGAUGUUCUAUCAGGCUAUAGGUGCGCUGAUGUUGCUUCCCUGCAUUCUGAGAUCCCCGCUCCUUAGGGAGUUUUUCGACAAGCCGAUCGUGCAAUAUCUAGGUAAAAUCAGCUUUUCUUUUUACCUUGUUCACGGUCCAGUCUUGCAUAGCUUAGGAUUUUGGUUGAUGCCUCGACUUUUUGAUCGUUUUGGAUUGCUUCCCGGGCUUUCCAUUGGCUAUGUUGUCUUGUUAGCUGUAUCAUUAUACAUUGCUGAAUUCUGGUACAAGAAGGUAGAUAUUUGGAGCACGAGUAUUGGCAAAAGAGUGGAAAGACUGCUCUUAGAUUGAUUUAUCGUUAGUUCGUACAAAAAGUGGAUAAUCAUGUCUACAAUAGAAGUGCUUCCAGUGGAUCAGUUUUCUUUUGCUCCUCGUGGCUAGAAAACAGUUCAAAUACCAAACUCCGGU